UCUUUUUGGAAUGUCGUCACCGGUUCAAAUUUGUCGCAUAAAUGGGUGUGGUGUGCGGCCUAUAGUUACUUGUACACCAAUAGCUCUUCAUUGGGGCCAAGUUAAAUUACUAACAAGAACUCAAAAAACGCUUACACUUUGUAACGACUCUCCAGUGGUGGUCAAUUUUAGAGCCUCUCUGUUGAACCGCGAUGGUCGUUGGCAAAUUUACCCUACAGAAGGAUUUAUUGAACCAGAAGGUGAAACAGAUCUUACUCUAUCUCUAUAUCUUAUUGAUGCUGACAGCUAUACUAAUAAGGCUGUCAUUCAGUUGGAAAGAGUCAAAGAUAUUUUGGUUCCACUAUCGGCGACUGGUGUAGGAACGAGUAUUUUAGUUGGUGAAUUUAGAGACAGGGUAGUGCUUGGAAGGCAUUUUACUAAAAUACCGUUGAACGGUCAAGUGAUAAUGGAAAACUGUGGGACACGAAUGCACGCAUUAGAAUGGAGCGAGUAUUACAAAGCGCCGAAAACAAAGCAACAUUCUGUAGCAUUCUAUAACUUGGAACCUAAAUCAUUUAAAGUGGCGGCUGGUGAGAAGUUAGAAUUGACAAUAACUGGCCUUUCCCAUAAAGUUACGACUGUUAAAGAAAUGUGGUAUCUAGUAGGAAGUGUGGAAGGGAUAAAUAAGAAGGAAUUACUUCUCGAGUGUCAAAUCAUAGCAGAAUUCGUAGACCCAAAAAUAGAAAUUUCAUCAAAUGUUUUAGAUUUUCAGUAUGAUUACGGUCCAUAUAGCGAAUUUUAUAAAUUAACAGAUAUCGUUACAAUAAGAAACGUUUCAAAAUUACCCUUAGAUUUUGAUAUCAGUGUAAAACCGCCAUUUGCAAUCAUCCAUAAACAAACAACAUAUAAAGUAUUACCUGACGAGGAAAAUCUUUGUGGUUGUAUUUGCUAUACUGAAUCAGAUUUAAAUGUUCUUAAAAUGACAGACAGUGACCCUUACCAGUGCAAAAUAUUUAUGGACUAUUUAACUCUUAAACCAGUGGAUCCAUUACGGAAUGAACCUCUUCAUUUCUUUCAAGAUAUAAAUAAAAUAAAAUUGGCUUUUAAUUUGACACAUUCAAUCGAAGAACGAUUAGAAGAUCAAGAAGUUAUGAAGAUACAAGUUUUAUUUGAUACGACAAAACAUUUGUCGCUAAAAUCUCGUGUUUAUUGUGAUUUGUUACGAGUUAAAUUUAAGGGCCAUAAAAAUAAAGAUGUCAUUAAACUAAUUGGAAAAAUAAACUUUCCAAAUGUGCUCAUACUAACUCCGCGAAUAGAUUUUCAAUGCGUUCUUAAUGGAAGUAUUGAGAGUAAAACUUUUAAGAUACAAAAUGUGACGCCCUUACUCGUAUGCUAUCAAUUUAACUGGAAAAAAUAUUGUAUCUUGGAGACAAAACUGCCAGGUCGAUCCGCAGACACCGUCUACAAGAGUUCAACAGAAACUGAAGCUAGUACUGGUAGAAGUGGUGGUGAAUUGCAUGAAAUAUUAGCGUGUCGAACACCUGUGGGAUCAGCUGUUGAUAAUAUAGGCAAAGAGAUUAUUGAUAAAAGUUUAAUAUCGACUACUCAGAACGAAGUGCCUCUUGAAACGAUAUCAGUUCUUAAUGAAGAUAUAACACAAGACAUUAAGUUUAAAAAAUACAUAACAAUGAAGACUAUUACACCAAUGGUUGAUGUUGAUUACGAGUCUGAUUUUGAAUGGAUACAUAAGUUUUCAAAAAAAGAUAAAAGCCCAAUUUGUAUUAAUGACGUGCUACAGUUAAUCCCCCAUCGUGGGCUACUAAAACCUAAUGAGGUGGAAUUCAUUCAUGUAAUUUUUAGGCCUAAUGUAAAUAUGAAUAUUCGUGCUACUUUAGAGUGUGAAGUACUGGGUGGACCAGCUGAAAGUAUACUAGUUACCGGCCAAAGUUCGGAUUUGAUCUACAAACUUAACACAGGAAAGAUAAAUUUCAAAAUAAGGUCCUUUCAUGAAAAUGCCUUUGAACAAUUGAUAUUGACAAAUGUGUCACAACUGCCCUUCGAAUAUAAAACGUAUUUAAACGAACCGAAAUGGGAAAAUGAUUUAUAUGGUACCAUACUUAAUGUUAUUCCUGAUGGUAGAGUUUUAGAGCCAGAAGAGUUCAUUAGUGUUAACAUUGAAGUAAGACCUGGUGCCAUGGGUUAUUUUAGUAGUACCUUUGUGUUGGAAGUUGGUCAUCUUCCUUUUAUACCUAUUGAAGUUUUUGGAUGGGGUGUUAUACCACAAGUCUAUAUUUCAUUGCCGCGACCAGAAAUAGCCAAGCUAAGUCCAGAAGUUGGGUACCAAGCAAUUCCUACACUGACCGAAGAAUAUUUGGAGGCCAUUAAUGAAAUAUUUACGAAUCGCAUGACAGAACACCUAAAUUCACCAUUUACAGAAAAAUGUUUUGAAGACCCAAUGUUUCAGAAGGAUUGGUUUAUAUGUUCUACAUGGGAUGGAUACCCGUCUUCCAUGGACAUUGAACUCGCGAUUGAACGGAUGCUACUGAUAAAUUACAUUAAAUUACGACCAGACAUUCUAAAUGUCUAUUCUACUACAUCGAAAAUGAUACCGAUACCAGGUUUUCAGACAACACCGUACGUUAUUGAUUAUGGAGUUGUAAUAACUGGAAGUUGCGUUCACUGCUGUGUAGAUAUUAUUAAUUACGGACCUAUUGUCAUCAAACUACAUUUUGCGAAAGGGACCCAAGUUCCUAUAUGGCUCGGAUUAAAAUUGUGUGGAAAGUUAAAUCCAGGGGAAUCUGGAAAAUUAGAAGCCACAUUUUCUCCAACAUCAAACGAUUUUACGGAAUUAGAACAAAAUGUCGAAACUUCCUUUAAUAUUGACGUACCAUACGGCGUAACUAUUCCAGUUCAAAUAAAAGCAUUGUGUGCUGUUCCCUAUUUAAUGUCUAAUGUAAGAGCUAUCGACUUCGGUACAGUACGAUGCGGUGACAAAGUCAUAUCUUCCAUACCCUUAAAAAAUAUUGGAAAACCAACAUGCAUAUGGUAUGUGACUUUGAAGUCUAAAACACCAGGCCCUAAUCCUAUGAUAGUCCUUGAUAGUUCUGGAAAGUUUGAGCCAGGGGAAGGAGGCUGGCUUAGUAUAGCUUUUAAACCUAUCAUGGAGCUUCCGUACGAAGGUCUACUAAUUUUCAAAUUCCAUAUGAACCCAAAUCGAAUGACUAUACCGGUGUCGGGGCAGGGUAUUGUGCCACAGGUUCACAUUAUUGGACCGAAUGUUAGUUUCCCGCCAACUCUACCCUGGGCUGAAACCACAGAUAUUUAUUUUGGAUUGACGAACCCAUGUCCGUUUCCGAUAGAGCUCAUUGUGGCGCAUAGUGAUGUAAAAUCCAAGAAUGUUAAGGGUCCUGUAUCAAAGACCACUACACGAGAUAAUUUAAGUCCAAAAAAGGCACGAACUGAAGCUGAAAUUAUAAAUGAUAUUAUUGGCUCCUUAAAAGAAUCUAAAGUAGAUCCUUUGAAGGAAUGCAUCGCAGCUUACGAAGCUACAUCGACAGCUGAUGACCAAGCUGACAAUCAUGCUAAAGGAAUUUUAAUAUUCUUUCACGGUUCACCUUGUGAAGGAGAUCUAAAUUUCGUUCUAAGCGACAAUGAAAAAUUUAACUGUAUGGUUUUAGAAAUAAAUUGCCAAGAGAUGGCCUAUUCAACGGGCAAAGCACUUGGAAUUCCUACAGUCAACAUUGACAUGUGCGUUGUGGAAGCAUUAUGUACAAGCACUUGUAACGCAAAACAGGUCAUACUAAAUGCAGUUAAUGAAAUGUUCGAUGUGAUACAUAAAUUUAAAGGGGACGAUGAGAAAGAAGCAGAAAGUGAAGAUUUGUUUAAAGAAACUGAUGACGAAUUCGACAUAGUAUGGAAGAAAAUAGAGUUUUUGGCGAAUAGUAAAAACAUAGCAACUCCGCGAUCAAAAGCAAGUGAUAAAAAGAAAAAGAGAUCUUCAACAUCUUCUAUAACUUCACAUUCAGCAGUAGGAGCUAUGGGAUCCACUACAAUGUUUCAAAUGGAUUUAACAACCGAACUCUUAACGGACUUCUUUAAGCAUCCAAAGUUUAACCGAGGGUUCAUCGUGGAUACAUUAACGAGUAUCGUUUUCAAAAGUCCACCUUUAACACUUACUUCCGUCAUUAAGUGUAAAAGUAAUAUAUGGAAUAUACAUUUAGUGUUGUGUCAAUCAGAUUUCACGAAAUGGGCUCAAAGCCAUGAGGAAACGCUGCGAGAACAUGAACAAGUAGAUGAAAACGCAUCCAAGAUUUACGACGAGACAGAAAUAGAAAAUAUUAUAGAUAGCUUUGAAGACAUGGAUGAAAAUGAAUUUGAAAAUGCUAAUCCGGAACAUAAAUCCAUUUAUAUUACAUAUGGCUUAGAAGACAGAAGGAGGCAAUACUAUGAAAAACAAGGAAACCCAGAUGACUUCGUCAAACUAGAAAAGAGUGGUCGAGAUCGCAGUAAAUCAUUACUGGUUAUUGAUAAUGAAUCGAAGAAAAAGAUGAAAAAGGAAGAUACUAAAGCGAAACCCACCAGUGAAUAUUUAUUAAUGAGCACAAAAUACAAUGAAUACUCCAAAAAUACUUACGAGAAUUUAGUCAAUAUCGCGAAUAAUUGGAUAAUAGAAGAGGGUGAAGUGGGUUUUCCAUUGUACGGCUUUAGUGGUCAAAUCGUUGGAUCGUCUCAUAAGAAAUUGAAGAAAAAAUCUGAAAUUCAACUUCAGACUUCCGAAGUCAGUAUUUGUGAGAGGGGAUUUCCGUUGACUCUAAUAUACUGUCCAUGUUUACGUUAUAAGACAGCGAUCGUUAACAUGUUUUUGGGGUCUGAGUUGGUUCAGGACGCAUUACGCGAGGAUAAAGAGCAUGAUAUAUUGAAUUGUCCGAUUAAUUUGAAAGAGUUUACGGUUCUCUUGCCAAAAACCUUUCCUUUGAUGAACCAUGAAGACCCGUUACGUUGGAAAUAUUUGGACGAAUCGCCGAUUAAAAAAUGUGAAUGUAAUCCUCUUACGGAUUUAAAUUUGUUGGAUGAUACGUCACAGGAUAAUGUGCUAAAUAUACUCUCUAAAUGGCAUUGUUCUUGUGGUAAAAAGGUUACAUCCUCUCAGACAUCGACAAGUGAAAUACCAUCUAUGUCCAUCGACAAAACAUCGGAAGAUAAUCAAGAAGAGAUGUAUCCGUUACCUCUUCAUAGUGUUAAGUGUACUACAGAGCGUGAUAGCCGAAUAGUCCUUGAGCCUGGUGAUCUCGUGAGAUGCAAAUAUUCGUUCAGUCCACAAUACGAAGGAAAUUACGCUGUCAAACGCUUUGUCGAAGUCAGUGGAUGGCCAGCCUCGAGAAUAGAUAUAAAUGUUUCGGCAAUUUGCGAUUUACCAAGGUUGGAUAGUCGUCCAAAGAAAAUGUUUGAGAACUUCGUUCGUCGCUCGGUAGAAGACAAAGUUUACAAAGUGACUUAUAUUGACGAUCAAAAGUUAUUCGAGUUUGGGCCUAUAUUUAUUGGUGUCAACAGAAUAUAUGAAGAGCAAUAUUCAAUUGAAUUGCGAAACUCCUCACUAAUAACAGCCGAUGUCAUUGUUGAAUUUUUGGAAGAAACGAGCGUAUUUCAAAUUGAUAAAACAUUUGUUAAUUUGGAGCCUGGAUGUCGAGAAAAAGUGACCGUGUCUGCAGCACCGGCUGAUUUAGGAAUACAUACGAGCGUUCUACUAUUUUGUGUCAAAGAUAAUCCAGAAAUAGUUACAGUUAAAAUUGCUUGUAACGGUGUCGUUCCUGUGGUCGAAAUACUGCCUUUGACAAAAUCUAUUGAAUACGGUCGCCAUUUGCUAUAUCGAAAAGAAGACGAUAGAUUUAUCGUUAAAAAUGAUUCGAUUUUACCCAUUAUGUGGCAAAUUCACAACCCGCAAGACUUCGUUGAAGAUUUUAUAAUCGCUCAGACAUCGGGUAUUGUACAACGACAGGAUAAUCAAGUUGUGCCAGUUACAUAUAUCGCCUGUAGAGUAGGCGUAAUAUCGCACAGGGCCCUUACAGUUGAUAUAUAUGAUGCUGAAGGAAGAGGUAAUCCAAUGAUAGUUGAUGCAUUACAUUUAUCCGCGGAAUGCUACGAUGUUAUGGUAGAAUGUGCAUAUGAAAAUCCCAGUGAAAAUUUCCUUAAUUACGGAAACGUCAAAGUCAAUUCCACGGUUGUUCAGGAAAUGUAUCUUUUGAAUAGAGGAAAAUAUAAUAUUUUCUACAAGUUAAAAAAGGUCAAGAAUUUCCCUGAGCCAUCAUUAUUAAAGUCAUUUGAAGCGAUCCCCGAGUGCGGUGUUGUACCUCCCACAGUAAAAUUAAUUAAUAUUGAAUUUGAAUGCACGCCCACGACAUCCAUGAAUUUAGUCAACGUCCCUGCCUAUAUUUGCUCGUUGCUGGACGGAAGCAAAAAUCAGGUGGUGGUUGCGAAGUUUCCGGUUUGCGUGACCAUUGCAUCGUUUUAUAAUACAUUUACAUUAUUUCCUCUCGGAGAAUUGAAUUUCCAUAUAAUACCAGUUGGUAGUGGAGUGAUGAGGGAAGUAAUAUUAAAUAACACAAGCAAAUGUCCAAUAACAUACGAAAUAAUUUUACCUGAGCAAUAUCAGUUGGACCCUGACGCUCAACCUGCAGCCAAACUUAAGGAUAAUAAGAUCAAGAAUCCACCAUUGAAGUGUGGAAACUUCUUCAUAAUGAAUGAUGACAACCUCCUUGCGCCGGGAACUAGUAGAACACUUCAGAUACAGUUUAUGGCAACGGCGGCAAGGACCUUUGAAGAGACAAUUAAUUUUAUUAUAAGCGACACAUGCCCAGCGGAAGCGUGUGGUGUGCCACUCAGAUUAGUAGGCACAGGCGCCAUGCCAACAUUAGAUUUUUGGAAUAUCGAAACAACUUUUAGAGAACAUUUGAUUGUGAAAUGUCUUUCGGAUUAUAAAGUGCCUGAGCAAUACAGGGCGGUGUUGGAAAUAAAACUUAAGCUUCUCGAUAAUCAAGAGAAGUCUUUCAAAGUAUGCUUGAUCGGUGAUGGUGUUAUACCAAGAAUGCGUUUAUUAUAUCCACAACUUCGCCACCAUAGAAUAGCCCUGCUACAUUUCCCUGUUACGUGUUUGGGAUCGAUAACUAAACAACAAAUUCGCUUUAAGAACAUAAGCUCGGUGAAAAGCAAGGUAAAGGCCGACGUGUUCUGUCCGCAUAAAGAAGAGAGGCCCAUAUUCUGGAUAACUUCAAACUUUAGUAAUUUUGAUAUGGACUACGACGCUAAAGAUAUGAUGUCUUCGUCAUUAACGUUAACAUUGUGUCCUAAGGAAGUUUGUACUAUACAUAUUCACUUUAAUCCAAUUCGUAAAGGAAGGGUCUCGUGCGAUGUUAAGCUCACGAUAUUUGAAAAUCCUUACGAAUUUUUUGUUGUAUUAUGUGAAGCUGAAGCUUUUAUGGAGGAUGUAAUAAUAGUGGGUCUUGAGAUGCUCUCCAUGGAGUUGGACCUCGAUGCCUUCAAGUCUGGUGAAGGUACUGUAUCGACUGCAUCUACCUCAGACACUCGAAAGAAAAGCAAGAGUGCGGCAGUUCCCAAAAAGUCAAAAAUAGAUAUAAAGAAAAGUAAAAGAAUAUCGCAAGCAUCGGUGAAGCAUAGUGAUACCACGAGUAGUGUUGAGCACUCAUUGCAAAAAUAUUUACUUGACUUUGAGGGCUGUGAAUUAUUUGCGAUUAAGAAACGGACAGUUAUAAUGGUAAACAAUUCGGAGAAACUAUACAGGUUCAGUUGGGAAGAAUCUGAAUUGGUUGUGGUUAAACCUUCCAUUGGUUACAUAUCACCCGGAGAAGAAAAAGACUUGGAAAUAAUUUUCUUCUCUCCCAAGCCAAUUGUAUUAAAAAAGGAAUUCUUAUACGUUACAUUGAUGGGAGUUAUUGACGAUUCCUUAACAAUGGAUAUAAAAGGAUCAACUUGGGAUAACAGACAGACUGUGACUGCUUUUGAUCAUAAUGAAUAUGUAGGUGUCAACGAAAGAUACCAAGCCGUAAUCGACGAACAGUUUCACAUAUCACCUGAAAACGCGUUAGAUAUAAUACAAAUGGUUGUGGUUUAUUCUGCGACGGCCGAGUAUACUAAAUACAGUUGUGAUUUGAAGGAGGAAUUAAAUAUGAACGAUACGUUUAUAUAUCAAACAAGAACAGUUAAUUUCAAAGUGUGUAACACAAGCAAAGUACCAAUGAAAAUAUUGUGGAACUUCGUUAUUGACGACGAAUUUCCGUCACGGAUUGAUAAAGAAAAAACUGAACUGAAACCUACUCAGGAUGACGAAAAGGAUAUAGUCGAAGCAAGUCAAAUUACAUUAUUUAGCGAAAAGAGCAGCAGAGAGAGCGUCGAUACGUGGUUUGAAGUCGACCUGCCGUUCGCAAUAGAACCUCCUAAACAAUGCUUAAAGCCAAAUCAGAGUUGUAAAUUCAAAAUAACAUUUGCACCGCUAGAUGCAUUUUCAUAUAAAGUGAGGCUAAAGAGUUUUAUUGAAAAUAUGGACCCAUAUGACCAAAAUAUAUCGUGUAAGAUAUCAGCGAAAUCUUUGGUCCCGUAUGUGCACUUGGAUAUUGAAGAGAGUGAUUAUUUGACUUCCGGAAAACGGAAAGGUGCCAUUGCACUUCCGCCGCACGUCACUGUGUUAGAAUUCAACGUGUUGGGAUCCGGAUGCUAUAAAAAAGCCUUCAAUGUUAUAAAUCCUACGAAUGAGGGCUACGAAUUUAUAUUCGAAAUGCUCAUUUCGGAAAAACCAGAGCUGGUUCCCGUACACUGCAAUAAGCUUAAGGGUUUUGUAGAUGGUGGAACAUCUACGGAAGUCGAGUUCACUUUUGCACCAACUGCUCCAGGGAUUUAUGAGUCACAGUGGAAGUUUCUUAUCCCCGUUCAUUCGAUAGUGAUGAACCUACUCGUCGUUGGAAUUGUAAGAGAGCCUGACGUGUUGUUCGUCCCAACUAUAUUAUUGAUACGUAACUCGUUAGUGGGAUUUACUUCGGAAAAUGUUGUUAUUUUGAAAAACAACGAAAAUGAAUCGUUGAACUAUGAGUUUAAAGGGAAUUCACUUUGCAAUGAAUCGGGUAAAACACCAGUUGUAGUUGAGCCAGAGAUGGGUGUUUUAAGAGCUCGAUCUGCGACCGAAAUCAGAAUUAUUUACACGCCAAUACAAGAUGGACCUCUGUCGUUUAAAAUAUUCUGCAAUAUCCAAUAUUUGACGACAGUUCUAACCCUCUGUGUCAACGCACUCAGCCAUUCGAUUAAACCGAAAAUUUUGUAUUAUUUGAUUGGGAAUGAACAUGUUUUGAACUCUGAUGCAAUAACGAAUAUUCAUCUUGAUCAGACUGCCUCAACAUACCAAAGGACAAUACCGUUUACAAUAAAAAACGACGGCUCCGCCACGUUUUUCUUCGAGUGGCAGUACACCUGUAGCGCAGUUAAGAAAUAUUUACAAGUGAGCGUUGAGCCUAACUCUGGACACGUGAAGCCGGGAGGAGAAGUCGACUGUACGGUGUACUUUACACUUAAACAAGUCCCGGUGCAAGCUUUUCCUAUGACAUUAUCGAUUUCGGACGGACCAGAAUACAGCAUAUUGCUUCAUGCGGAAAUAUCAAAACCGACAUACCACUUUUCAUGUAUGGACUUUGAUUUUGGCAAGUGUAUCGUAAACGCUCCGGAUUCGACAUACAAAAAGAAUAUAGCCUUCGAAAACGAGGAUACAUCACCUAUAAUUUUAGAUUUGAAUUUCUCGAACAUACCGGAGCUUUUUGUAUACUACCAAGAGGAGACACACAUAGAACCUGGACGAAGAAUGAAGAUAUCGAUAUUUUUCCGACCAAAGCAAGUUAAACUAUACGAGUUCAAACUUCACUUUUGGGUAAACUCAUUGUGCGAAGAAAUCGUUACUAUUAAAGGAGAAGGAGUUCCUCUCUUAUAUGAUCUGUAUGAGGGUUGCCAAAAAAGUUUUGACCUAGGAGCGGUGAAAGUAGGAGACAAAAUCUUACGACAAAUUGAAGUUAUGAAUCAUAGCAAAGUGUCGAUAGAUGCCACUUUCAUUUUUAAAGAUAUUUAUGGUGUGACUGAUGAUGAUACGAAGUCAGAGGGGACUAGCGUGUGUCUGAGUCCCAGUACCGUCUUACCUCCUAAUGCCGAGGGAGAACUAUCCAGAGGAAAAAUGUUGCAACAAUUCAAAGAUGAAAAAAUAAAAGAGCAAAUAUCUAUGGAUGUUCAAAAUGCCCUUAGUUCAUUGAAAGUUAUACCGAACAAGUGUACAAUAAAGCCACACAGAAAAGUACCGAUAAAAAUUCAGUUCAAACCCAUUGGAAUGAUUAGCAAUCUUAACGUACAGUUGAACAUGAAAGUUUUUCACUUCGAGAGGCCGUUAGUGCGUUUGAGUGGCUGCGCAACCGGCAUGAGUCUAAGCUUUAGUCAAAAUUCUUUACAAUUUGGUCGAGUUCGGAAACGGGGUUGCAAGAUUCUUAAGGUUAUGUUGCAGAAUAAAGGUGAUUUCGGUGCAAGGUUUUGGUGGCAGCCACUUAAAUCGGAUGAGUUUCAAAUAUCACCGAGCCAAGGAACAAUCGCCGCACGCACGAAUGUCACAUUUACUAUUACAUUUCGUCCUGUGAAACAUAAUCCCUUUAUUAAAGUAUGGGCCAGCUGCAAUAUCGAAAACUAUCCGCCUCUCGAAUUAGCACUGUACGCAACAUGUGUGGAUAUAGGAAACAUUCAGAACAAAUCUUUGUAUCUAGAAUGUCCAGUGAGAGAAGUGCAAACCGAAUAUAUUAUAGUUACUAACCCUUCCGACGACAUGUGGCUAGUGCUGUCGGAAAUCUCUGGCGGGCCGUUUGAGACAUUGAAAGAGUUUCAAGUGGAACCAAAUUCCACCUUCGAAAUACCUGUAUACUUCAAACCAAAAUCCAUUGGCAAACAUGAGAGUCAAGUUUUAUAUUCACCAUUGGGUGAGAGUGCUCUCUUUGUGACAUUAAUUGGCGCUGCAAUGCACCCUAAUCCAAACGGAACGAUUAAUAUCUCAGUGUCGGCAAAAGAAUUUCAUACUGAGGAACUGUUUGUUUAUAACAUUACCGAGUUUCCAGAAGAAUACGUGGUAUCCUCGGAAAUUGUAAAAAUAAUACCGGACAAAUUCGAAGGGCAUUAUGAAAUUAAACAUCCCGAUACAAUUAAAGUCUGGGGAGAAGCGGCCGCUACUUGUCGGUGGACGAUAGUUUGUUACGAGGAGUGCGAGAUACAGGUCAAGGUAAUCUUCGUAAACGUGACGACACGCGAAUACCAAUUCUACAAUAUUAUAGUAACCGUAAACCCUAGUAAAAUCGUGGAUACUCUCACUUUUGUAUCCCGCGCCCGGGAGUCAGUUCAAAUGGAGAUUUCAGUGAAGAACCCAUUGUCUACGGACGCAGAGUUUCAGAUACGAUCUGAUAAAAUAAACUGCUCUGACAAAUUGAUUGUGCCCAAAAAUUCUUCGACUGUUCUUUUGAUGACGUACUCGCCUUUAGUAGUGGGAGAGUCAGAGGACUUUUUAGAAGUUACCAACAAUUUAGUUGGUUCAUAUAUUUAUGGAGUCGUAUUGAAAUGUCUGCCUGCUAAGGAAAAGUGUUUGGAGUUUUCCACACCAUUAGGCACUUCGAUACCAUUACGUUUGAGGGUACAAAAUAAAACUGAUGCGAAAACUGAAUUUGUUGCAACGGUGUCCCAUCCAUCAAUAUUGCUGGAGCGAGAGUAUACAUUGUCUGCGUUUGAGAAGGGAAAGUUCAAAGCUAUCUUCGAACCGACGGAGAUGGGCGUUCAACAUUGUAAAGUGUCUUUCAAUUCUGCCGUCGCUGGGGAAUUCGUGUUUAAGAUAAAAGGAACCGCCACUACCCCUAAGCCUCAAGGCCCGUUUGAGAUAAAGGCUGGCGGAUUCGCGAUGAUCUCAUUCAAGAAUGUAUUUCAAGACCAUCGGAUGUUCAAAAUAAAUGUCGAUAGAGAAGACUUUUAUGUUAAAACAUUGUAUGAACCUAUAAAGUCUAAAAAGGAUAUAAAGUUUCCCGUAUAUUUGAAUGAACAUAUUGUCUCUGGCGAAUACCCAACCGGUUGUCUGACCAUAGAGACGUAUGAACCGGCCGAUCCGAAGGUGCAGUGGACAUUCUUCCUUCAAGGAGUCCCGUGAUUUGAUAAUAUUAUUAAAUAUUUUUUAUUGCAAA